GGAAUUUCUUCUUUACAGGUCUGAAUAAACAGCGCGCUAGAAAAACCGGUCAGCGGAUUAUUGACCCAGUCUCGAUCGGUCACCGGAACCAUUAUGCCUUACAUAUCCAUCACUAUCUAACGCGGACCUGACUCGCAUUGCAACUGACAAACACCGUUACUUCAUUAUGCCAGUCUAAUAGCUGCACCAUGAUGGAAGACGUCGCGCCCCGCCCCAGUGUCGAGUACAUCCCGCCACUGCCACCUAAAGUCAAGCAAAAAGCCACUACGUUUACACAAAUAACUAGCGACGAUACUAAGCUAAACGGUAACAUGGAUUCACUCAGUUCGAUGCACUCACUCGUCCUUAAUUCUAAGCCUUCUGCAACGGUAUUCAUAGCGGCGACCCAGCCAGAACGGCCUGCAAGCACGUCUAGCUCGGACGCUCUAAACGGCCCACACGUGGUCACUAUCAGAAUAAACACAGACUCCGACAAACCGAAGGCACCCAAAAUCUCAAGCGUUCACCUCAAGAGCGACGCCGACUUCGACGCCUUCAAACUCAACGACAUUUACAAGAAAAACAACAGCCUGGUCAGGCUCAAUGUCGAAGAUCGACCCAAGAUUUUAGAUGAGGAAUUGAAAACUGAUAAACCACCGUUUAUCUAUUGCAGCUCCUAUAUGAACUCCAAUAUGGUCAUGUCAAGUGGGCAGUGCUCGCCGAGCGAUACUCUAGACUCCGGAACUUGCAGCGACCUUGACGGCACACCGCCUCCGUUACCUAAAAAGAAGCUCACGAAGUCAACAAAGAAAGUCUCCGUGACGUUAAUUAGUUCCACGAAUGGCAGUCAUGAUGAAUAUGAAGACAAUGAUUCUAAUAUAUCGUGCGAUUCGCUUAAUAGUAGUGAGCUUAACGGAAGCGUGCACGCCGAAGAGAACCAUAGCGAAGAUGGCAAAAAUGAAAAGAAACAAAGUCCGCCUGCCGCGCCGGUGAUGCCAGCCUUUGAAGCCAGCACGGACAACAAAGACAGCAGCUUUCUACCACAAGGUCUGCUCCAAGACAUUAGAGACCGUUCUACCAAACUGAAUACGGUCGAAACUGAAAGCGAACCGGCCAAGCCUCUGGACGCGAACCAGAAUAUUAAUGAAAAUGCUAAUUUAUCGAAAGAAAGCGCGCAACUAACGUCGUUCCGUCUAGUUUCUCAGUGUAAUAGUGAAGUGACGUCUAAUUCAGGCAGAGAGUCAUUACUGAACGUCUCUAAAACCCCUCUAAUUAGCGAAAGCACGUACGAGGAACGCAAGAAGGAUAAAAUUAAGCAAGAUAAAAUGUGUUACAGUAGCAAUUAUUUUGACGCGGACAAAUAUUAUGACUUCCACCUGAAUGAAAAACAGUUCGAUGAUGUUCAGUCCUUGAAAAGUGUUAGUGGUGUGAGUGUGAAAAGUGAUGAGUUAUCGGAAUUGGAAUAUUUUGCGGGGAUAAAGGAUUACAAGAGUGAAGAUGCUCCUUCGACGAUAAGGAGUUCGAAAGGCACGAUCCGCGGCGUGAAGAACCGCGUGCGAGCUGGCAUAGCAACAUUCCUCCAAAUCCAGAACACGACAAAGAGCUACAAAGAAAAAGACGCCGGUAAGGUCGUCGUCUACACAACAACCAUGGGCAUCGUACGCAGCACAUACCAACGCUGUAAUCUAGUGAAGAAGAUCCUGAGGAACCUUCUCGUGAAAUACGAGGAGCGAGAUGUGUUUAUGAGCACGGAGUAUCAAGACGAGAUCAGAGAUAGGAUGAAGAGCGACCAGAUUCGAAUCCCGCAGCUGUUUGUGGAUGGCCAGCAUGUUGGGGAUGCGGACACCGUGGAGAAGCUUAACGAGAGUGGCGAACUCAGGAAAAUGCUUAAGCCUUACAAGAGUCCAGACGCCUGCAACACCUGCCAGAUGUGCGGCGGGUUCCGCCUCCUCCCCUGCAGAAUCUGCAACGGCUCCAAGAAGAGUUUACACCGCAACCACUUCACUGCUGAAUUCGUCGCCCUCAAGUGUAUGAACUGCGAUGAGGUCGGCCUUGUACGGUGUGAGGUGUGCUCUUGAACCUUCCAAAAAGGAAUAGACGGACUUUUUAGUGAAAUAUAUCGAAUAUAACUUUGAAAGUCAAAUGUAUACAUGCAGAUAAUUCUUUCUUAACGGACACAGGAAUCAGUAUAGACAGAAGAAUCUGGAAAUCGUUGUCUACAGAACUUAAGUAUUUGAACUGCGAUGAAGUUGGCAUCGUAUGGUGUGAGUUGUGCUCUUGGGCUUUCAAAAAUACAAAAUGUGGUUAUCGAAAUACGCGGACUUUUUAAUGAAAAAUAUCGAAAAGAAUUAUAUGAGUAAGACAGAAAUCAGUCACAGAAUAAUCUAGAAAUCGUUAUCUACAGAACUUAUGUGUAUCAACUGGCUUCGUACGGUGUGAGGUGUGCUCUUGGGCUUUCAAAAACAAAAAUUGUGGUUAGAAGGAUAGACGUACUUUUUAGUGAAAUAUGUCGAAAAUGAUAUAGAGGUGUCGGAAGGAUUAUCUACAUGAAUAAGACACUGAAAUCAGUUGAGACAGAAUAAUCUGGAAAUCGUUGUCUACAAACUUAUGUUUAUGAACCGCUAUGGAGUCGGCCUUAUACGGGGUGUUCUCUUGAGUUUUCAAGAUCCCAAUGCGGUUAGCAGAAUAUGCGGACUUUUACAGUGAAAUAUGUCGAAAAUUCUGGAAACAUUUGCACGAAUAAGACAAUGAAAUCAAGUGGUGGGCUCUUGAACCACUUUCAAAAUCACAAUGUGGUAUACCUAAUCAAAAUCGACGGACUUAAAACGAUUGAAAUAUAUUGAAUGCAGGAAACGUUUGCAUGAAUAAUAUAUUGAAAUCAGUUCAUAGACUGAAUAAUUUGGACUAGCCCAAUGGCACAAACGCUCACGAAACGAAACGCUCGUAGAUAUCUAUCUCUAUCGCUACUGCGUAUUGGCGCGACAGAGCCAGACUACCUUUCGCGGCGUUUCGUUUUCGUUUUGCGUCGCAGAAAUGCCAUUCGGCUACGGCACCUGGAAUUCGUAUCGUCUAACGCGAACAUAGCUAUUCAGAAUUGAGCUAUCUACGGAACUGCCAAUUCAAGUGUUACUUAUAGUCAGGAGAAAAGUGCUUUGUGUAUGAUGCGGAAAAGUUUUCAAUUGUUGUGUUAAAAUUGUAAGUGUAGUGUUAAAUUGACUGUAUAAAUAUUAUUAACGGUGAUAGUUUAUAACUAAGCUAUAUCAUUUAAGCUGUUGUAAAAAGACAAAGGCGUGACUCUAGUGAAAAGGGACAUAGCUAAUAUAAGUCUCACAUAGUAGUAAAAAUUACUUAAAACUUAUAGGUACCCUUUUUCCCUACGUUGUGAGAGAAAACGUUGUGGGAAGUACUUUAUUUUUUUUUUACUAGAGCUACAAAUAUUUCGAUACACGAUUUUAAUAAUAUCAUUUAUCAGUUUAUCACAAAAUAUUUAUCAUGUAAAUAUUUCGUGAUAAUAAUAAUCUUUAAAAUGAUAUUAUAAUUGAUAAUAAAUUGCAAGAGUGUACAGCACUAACUUUAAUAUUUUUAUCAUUUAUAUUUUGUUCUUAAAUGGUAAAUGAAGAAAUAUAAGUACCUUCUUUUAAUAUUAAAAUUGUACGACUUAAAAAGUGUACCUACUUCAUUAAAUUUUUAAUGAAACUAAAAUUAUUAUUUUGUGUAUCUUCACUUCUGUUUUUGCACUUUUCUUAGCGAUAACAGGUAAUAUUUAUAUUUUAUGAUAUUGAAAAUAUUUUAAAUACAAUAAUAAAAUUAUGAAAUCAAUAAUUUAGGUAUAUACCUACCUGCUUAUGUGUUCAAAACUGUUCAAAGAAAUAAUUUAGUUUUUCAUUUUGCGCCUAAACUGGAUGAAAUCACGUUUUAUUAUUUUUUAUAGGGUUUUCGAUAAUUUUGCUAAAAGAUUGUUAGUAGCCGUAGAUUUCUUUCAAAAACGUGUUUACUGUUUAGAAACAAUUUUAUUCCCUUUACGUCGUAUCUUCAAAAAUUCAGUAAGCAUUAAGCAUGUGUAUACUUACUUAUACAUUUACACAUAACAAUUAAAAAGGUUCAAGUUCAUACUAAUUAAUAAUACUAAUACUAAUUCAAAAGAGGAGAAGUUUGUAAAUUAAUUGUAUUUUUUGAAUAGAUACCUCUACUUACUUAAUAAUAAUUUAAGCAAUAAUUUUAAUAAUUAUGCCAUAAAUUAGUUACAACUUUAUAUGAUUAUAUGAUUGGAUGUUAUGUAUUUUAAGGAAUCCUUAUGAAACAAAUAGGGUAAAUAUAAUUUUUGCAUGUA